ACAAGAGAGGGGGAUUGCAUAGAUAAUUUUUGAAUGAUUAUUACAUAAACUUUUAAAAGUAUAUGAAAAUGAUUUUGGAAUGUAGUGUAAAGCAGACAAAUGGCCCUGAAUGACCUACUUGGAAAUCAUUUAUGUCAACUUAAGCUGUUAGCUCAUUAUAUAACUUUUCUUAUAUGACCCUCACCAGUAUCCCAAAGCAAUGCCUUUGGAGCUUCAGAGUAGAAGAUGCUUCCUACUGUGUUGGCUCUGUGGCUGGGAGGAGCUAGUGACUUGGAGGAGAUAGUAGGAUAAGAUGGAAUCCAGAUUAGGAAAGGAUCCAGUUAGUUUAUCUGAAAGGUUAACUCCCAGGACUCCAGGUCUUUGAGUCCAGCCAAUACUGUGAGUGCUUCCAGUGAAGGCUUAGGAGUUGCCCUGCGCUUGCAAAACUGAUCAAGCCAGGGAGCAGCUCCAGCAGGAGGCUGCAGACUGAAAAUGCCACCACAGGGCCAGGGAUGGUUGGAUGCUGGACUUCACAAGGUGCAUUGGCUCUGGAGAGAAGGACCCUUGGCAUUGCUUUGGCCAGGUAUAAAUUAAUCCUUAGAAAGCAACUGAACAAUGGAGCCAGACAUCAUUCGAAUGUACUCUUCAUCCCCACCACCACUAGACAAUGGAGCAGAGGAGGAGGAUGAUGAUGAAUUUGGGGAAUUUGGUGGAUUUUCAGAAGUCAGCCCUUCUGGCAUAGGGUUUGUCGAUUUUGAUACACCAGAUUACACUCGUCCUAAGGAAGAGUUUGUAUCUUCAAACCAUUUUAUGCCAAUUCAUGAUUUCUCAGAAAAUGUAGAUAGCCUUACAAGCUUUAAGUCCAUUAAAAAUGGUAAUGAUAAGGACAUCACUGCUGAACUUUGUACUCCCAUGAAAGGUCAGUCUGAUGUUUUACUUUGUACCACCAGCAAAGAAAUUAUUUCAUCUAAAACUUUAGAAACUUCUACUGAUGGCAUGGAAAGUCCAGGAGAUUUAAACAAAGUAAUAGAGCAGAGACAGAAUGUUGGAACACGUGAAAGUUUCACUCCAAGAGAUUUUAGAACUGAUAUGAACAUUGUUCAUCAAAACAAGCAGUUAGAGAGCUGCAAUGGUGAAAAGCCUCCUUGUCUGGAGAUUCUAACAAAUGGGUUUGCAGGGUUGGAAACUGUAAAUCCUCAGGGAACAGAUGAUCUAGACAAUGUAGCUGAUUCAAAGGGACAAAAGCCUCUGGGCACUCAUAGCACUGAGUAUAAUUUAGACUUUGCACCUAGUCCUGCUGAGGAAUUUGCAGAUUUUGCCACAUUUUCCCAAAAGGAAAGGAUACAACUAGAAGAAAUAAGAUGUGCAGUUUUAAAUGAGAGAGAUGCGCUAACCAUUCAGGAAAACAACAAAAUUAACAGAGUCAAUGAACUGAAUUCUGUAAAAGAAGUGUCUUUGGUUAAAAGUUUUGAUGAAAAAGGAGACACUGAUGGAGAGGAUCAGGUUUGUGUUUCAGAAAUAAGCAUAGCACCUAACAGAAGUUUUGGUGUUGAAAAACAAGGCCUUCCAGUGCUGCAACAGGAUGAAUUUUUAAAUUCAAAUAAUCAAUCAAAGGCUUGGAAUUUGGUAGAGUCGACUGAUAACUCAGAAGCCAUUAGGAAAGAACAAUGUAAAACUGAGGAAGAACUACAUUUAGUUACUUCAAAAUGUGCUGACCUAUGCAUGGAUUCUAUUAAAACUUUUGAUGCUGAUGAAGAACUUGGUUCUUCCAAAGAAGAAAGUAGAAAGUUUACUAAUUCCCAAAUCCCAAACAUUGGUCCUACAGAAGAAAAUGUUUUGGAUGAUUCUGUAAGUGUAAAAAAUGGUGAUAGUAGUAAUGAUUUUGUGACUUGCAAUGAUACCAAUGAGGAUGAUUUUGGUGACUUUGGCACAGCCAGUGGCACCACUCCACCUUUGGUCACUGGUACUCAAGAUUCAAUGAGUGAUGUCACUUUUGAAGAGUCCUCAGAGCACUUUCCACAUUUUAGUGAACCGAGUGAUGACUUUGGAGAAUUCGGGGAUACAAAUACUGCUUCUUACCCGGAGGAAAUGAUAUUUACUGAUUCAGACCUGAAACAGACCUCUGAUAGUUUAUCAGAGGAAUGUCAAUUGGCAAGAAAGUCUAGUGGAACAGGCACUGAACCUGUUUCAGAACUGAAAAAUGGGCAAGACAGCGAGUUUGGAGAUUUUGAUUCAGUGCCAAAUAUUCAAGAUGACUGCAAUGCUUUUCAAGACUCUGAUGACUUUGCGGACUUCAGUUCAGCUAGCCAAGUUGUAGAUUGGAAUGCUUUUGGGGAUGAACAAAAAGAUGGUUGUUCCUGGGCUGCUUUUGGAGAUCAGCAAGCCACUGAAGCUCAUCAUCGAAAGGAAGUCUGGCAGUCACAUAGGACAGAUGAAAAUGUUGAUAUUCCAGGAACCCCCAAGAUGCACAGUAUCCCUUUAGCAACUCCCAAAGGAGCAGUUGCUAGUGGCCAUUUACAGGAAUCAGCCACUUCCAUUCAGACAGCUUUACUAAACCGCCUGGAACGAAUUUUCGAAGCAUGUUUUCCUUCCAUAUUUGUCCCUGAUGCUGAAGAGGAAGUUACUUCCCUGAAGCACUUGCUGGAAACAAGUACCUUACCAAUAAAAACAAGAGAGGCCUUAGCUGAAAGCGGAGAACUGCUAGAUGUGUGGACCGAACUACAGGAUAUCCAUGAUGCACAUGGCUUGAGAUAUCAGUGGGGCGGCUCCCAUAGCAACAAGAAGCUUUUGUGCUCCUUAGGAAUAGACACACGAAACAUUCUCUUCACGGGCAAUAAGAAGCAGCCUGUUAUAGUGCCCAUGUAUGCAGCAGGAUUGGGCAUGUUAGAGCCCACCAAGGAACCAUUGAAACCACUCUCUGCCGCAGAAAAAAUUGCUUCCAUUGGUCAGACAACCACCUUGACACCAGAGAUGAACACAUGUACAUCUGAUCAAUUCCAGGAGUCUCUACCACCCGUCCAGUUUGACUGGAGUAGCAGUGGCCUUACUAACCCUUUAGAUGUGUGUGUCUUACCCCUUUUUACACAUAACCCCUCCUCCCUUGGCUUACCUUCUGUGUGGCUGCCUACCAACACGGUCACUGAAUUUCAAGCUAGUGGAGGUUCCACUCUUCUGAACCUUGAUUUCUUUGGGCCCGUGGAUGACAGUAGCUCUAGCAGCAGCACCACAAUCCCAGGUGUGGAUCCAGAGUUGUAUGAAUUAACAACUUCUAAGCUGGAAAUCUCCACCUCAAGCCUCAAAGUGACUGAUGCAUUUGCAAGACUCAUGUCCACAGUAGAGAAGACAAGCACAUCUACCAGGAAACCGAAAAGAGAAGAGCACUUGAGUGAAGAAGCUAUCAAGGUGAUUGCCAGCCUUCCUGACUUGACAUUCAUGCAUGCCAAGGUGUUGAUGUUCCCAGCCACAUUAACACCUUCCACCAGCUCCCAGGAUCAAGCAGACUGAUAACUGAUGUGAACUGGACAGUUUCAAAUGCUUUCUCUCCUCCUCCCUUCCCUACCAUCAAAAGCAUACCUGCUUUAAUUAAAGAAAAUUCAAGUUCAGCUGAUUUGUUGGUAAGCCGCACUAGAAAGGUAUACAUAGUAAUGUAUAUUUAUUUACAUACUGAAGUCCUAAAUUUAUAUUAGAAAACAUGUAAAUAAUCGGGGGUGAACAUUUUUGAAGAUUUAUUCUUUUUGUGUUGCUGGGGUGUAUACAUUUAUGUCUUUGUGAAAUACACUGGUGGUGUCCUUCUUACAAAACUUUUGAAAUAAAAAAAUUAAAAACUCAAAGCUCCACUGUCUGAAAUCCCCUUCAGUCUUUUCAGAUUGCAUUGAAUGUCCUCUUCAUUUUUCAUAUCAUAUGUUGAAUCACUUUUGCUGUCAUAAAUAAGCCCCAAAGUCCCUAUUUAAUUUUUUUAUUUGUGUGUGAUGGGUUUGUUUCAGAUCUGGCUUUUGUUAUCAAUUUUGGGCUCUUUUUUAAUCUUUUCAAUCUGGCAUAUUGCUGUUUGACCUUUUGCAAGGUACUUCAUCGAAAGCUCUUUUGUUAUAGGGUAUAGAUCAUUGUCAGAACUUGAUUGGAGGGGUUUAAAAAGAUUGUGUCUGUUUUAAAUCAGUUUGAUUUGGAGAAGGACCAAAUUAUAUGAAUGUCUUACAAUGAAAUUUACUUGUUACUGAUUUUUUUUUUUUGGUUCUAUCGUACCACUAGUUUUUGAGGAUUUUGCACAGUGUAAAAUGACAUAAUCAUAGAUUGCUAUGGUUUAGGCUGUAUAUACAGUAAAACUAUGGGUUUUAAAUGUUUGGGGAAAUUCCUAUGGAAAAAAAAAAAGAGACAUGUAGAAGAACCUCUAACAAGGUUAAUGUGCAUGCCCAAGGUCUUUUGAGAUUUCAGUGUGUAAAUUUCCUUUUAGCUUACACAAAAAUAAAAUAAUUUAAAAGAAA